AUUUAUUUUCUUGUAGCAAAUACAAAUAUACCAUUGUCAAGUCCAAGUCCUUCUCAGAAUGGAGAUAAUUCUAAAUCACUUGUUACUAAACCAUCACGUUCAAAAUUUGAUUCUAUUAAACAGUGGAGCAUUUCUACCUAUAAGUGCACAAAACAAGUCAUAUCUGAAAAACUUGGAAAAAGUACUAGAACAAUUGAUACAGAAAUGGAAGCCCAAAUUGAACAGUUAAGAGAAACGCAAAAUAAAUAUACUAAUAUUCUACAGUUGGCUCAAGCUCUAGUAACACAUUUCUCAAGUGUUGUAGAAACACAGCAAUAUCUUGGUGAGGCAUUUUCUGAACUUGCACAGAAAUCACCAGAAUUACAGGAAGAAUUUUUAUAUAAUGCAGAAACUCAAAGGAACUUGAGUAAAAAUGGUGAAACAUUAUUAGGUGCACUUCAGUUUUUUGUUUCAACAUUAAAUACAUUAUGUAACAAAACUAUUGAUGAUACAUUACUUACAAUUAAACAGUAUGAAAUUGCAAGAUUAGAGUAUGAUGCUUAUCGGACAGAUAUGGAAGAAGCUGCCCAAAGUACAGCUGGAAAUGCAGUAUCUCCCAAAUUAGAUGAAGCAAAAAAGAAAUUUAAUAUUCAUAAAGAAAAGUAUGAAAAAUUAAGAUCUGAUGUUACAGUAAAAAUGAAAUUCUUGGAUGAAAAUAAGGUUAAAGUAAUGCACAAACAGUUGUUGUUAUUUCAUAAUGCGAUAUCAGCAUAUUUUUCUGGCAAUCAAGCAAUGUUGGAUGCUACUUUGAAACAAUUUAAUAUUAAAUUGAAGAAUCCUAAUGCAUCAUCACCAUCGUGGUUAGAAAAAUAAAGUAGACAAAAAUUUUAAAUCUUAUAUAUUCCUUCAUAUUCUCAUCUAGUCAUUUUAAUUUCAUUAACCUUUUACCUUCAUUUUUAUAUUUUAAUUUCUGUAAUUUAAAAAUAAAUAAAUAUAUAUAUAGAUUAUCAUUAUAUAGAUAUACAUUAAAGAAUGGUGAAGGAUUGAAUUAUUUGCAUCAGUUAUUCUGAUUUUCAUUCAAGUAAUUGAUUUAAGUACUUGGUAUUGCAUAGUAGGAAAAAAAUAAUGUUUUGUGAAUUUAAGUUUUAAAAGAAAAAAAUUGCUUUGUUUUGAAAAUAUGUUCAGAUUUUAUUUGGAAAAAUUUUAAUUCAAAAAUACAAGUCAAAUACUGAAAUCAUGAUUUAAUUUUGCUUCAAAAUUUUAUUUUUUGCUUACAAAAUUAAUUUGAAUUUAAGAAUAUAUUAUAAUUAUAACUAAGAUAAACUAUUUUGAAGUUAUAUAGUUCAUAUAUAUAAAUAGUGAAAAAAUAAAGGAAAAUUGAUAAAAAAAAGAAAUGCAGACAAAUGUUGUUUAUAGUAAUUUAGCACUUCAGUAGAUUAUUUAUGACUGUUAUUAUUUAUCAUCAUUAAACCCAAUAUACAUUGUUAUAAUACUUUAAUGAUUCUAAAAUUACAUUAAUCUAUCUAUUUGUUUGUGUAUUUCAAAAAUGUUUAAUUUAAAAUUCCACUUAAAAUAUGAAUUUUUUAAACAUGCAUUUUAAUAGAAAACUUGUAAGGAAUAUAAUUUGUUUUUAUAACUUUUUACAUAUUGGGUCUGAUGAUGACUAAUCAGAAAUGAUUAUCAAUGGUCCAUUAAAGUGCUGGAUGAAAGAUUUGUUUACAUUUUGUUUCUUUGUAUGCAAUAUUUUUCCAUCUAUUUGGCUUAAUCAUUUUUAAAAGUUGCAUUUAUAAAUCUUGUUACAUUAAUAAUAGAUUGAUAAUCUAAAAUAUUUUUUUAAUUUGAUAUAUACUUCAGUAAUUAAUCCUUAUUAAUUUAUUUUUGAUAUGUUUGUCUUUAAUGAAUAUUUAUUGCCAUUGAAACAUUCCAUAUAAAUAUGUUACCCAUUUAUUUAAAAAUAAUACAAAUUAUCAUUACUUUUAACUAUAACUUUUCAUUAAUUUUUAUCUAAAUUACAGUUUAAAUUUAAAAUAGUUUCAUUGUCUAUCCCAUCAAUAAAUUUCAUAAAUAUUAAGAUAUGCUUUAAAAAUUUUUUUUAAAUGAUGUGAUAUAAAUUAAAUUACAUUAAAUCGAUAAUGGAAUAAUUAACUGAAAAGAUGUAUUUAAAAAUUAGAUUUUCUGAAAUAACUGAAUAUUAUAAAAUCUAGAUAAUUUUAAUUAAAAUAAUUUGUACAAAAUUUAUAAUGAAUGAUAGAAAUUAUAUUUUUAAUGCAAUUUAAUUCCAAAGAUAAUGUCUGUAGCAGGGUUUCCUAAACUGUGUUAUGAUUCUUCUUACAGAAUUAUGAUUUUUUUUUUCUUUCUUUCAAAAUUUAUUGAAAUUAUUAAGUUUAUUGCUUGCUUUGAAAAGUUAAUUGUAUAAAUGAUUCUGUUAGCACAUUUAAGAUGAAUAAGUUUCAAUUAUUAGUGUAUGUGAUAGCCCAUUAUUGGAUAUUAUCAGCCUCUGAAUAUUUGCCAAUUAAAAUAAAAGUUAUAAGAUUGUAUGAUUUUUUUAAUGUGUUAUAUGUAAAUUAAAAUCUUAGUGUUGAAGAAUAAUGGAUCCAUUUCUUUUUACAUUUAAAAAAA